GGAGGGGCGGCCACGGGGGGGUGACACGAGGCGUGUGCGCCUGCGCAAAGGUGUCCCUGCACUGACAAUGCUCUUCCGAAGAUAGCGUCGGCGGAAUCUCAAUCAAACCGACCUCUCCGUCGGCACGAUGCGCUCCAAGGGACGGGCCCGCAAACUCGCCAAAAACGAGGAGGAGGAGGAGGAUGACGAGGUGGUUGAGGACAUGUACGACGGGCAGCCCGGCCUGGCGGCUGUCGGGGAGACAGCGCUGGGAGCCGUCGGGACGAUCCCGUCGGACGGCGACGAACGUGACGACGACGACGACGCCGCCGCCGCUGCAGCAGCCGCCGCCGCAGCCAACUGCCUGCUCAGCAGCAGCGCGCUGAGCGCCGGCGCGCACCCGGCCCUCAAGCACGCACCGCCGUCGCUCCCCAGCUCGCCGUCCAUGCUUCACUCGGCCGACGACAGCCAGGAGUUUGGCCGCCCGUACGAGUGCGGCGACGCGGGGCCACCGGCGUACGGCUCGUCCGUCUACGUUCCCGACGACGUGUCGCUGCCCGGCGAGCUGGAGCUACGCGAGGCGCGCUCGCCCCCCGGCGUGGGCCUCGGCGUGUGGGCGCGGAGCGGCCUGCGCGCCGGCGACAAGUACGGGCCCUACACAGCCGGCGAGGGUGGCAGCCCGCGCUCCAAGGACGGGGACCACGCGUGGGAGCUACUGGACGGGCCGUCUGGCGUGUGCGGGAAGGACGGCUCCGCGGCGGGGGAGCCGUGCAGAGGCUCGGCAUUGGACAGCGAAGAGCGCAGCUGGCUCAAAUACGUGAGGCUCGCCGCGUCCACACGGCGGCCCAACUUGGCAGCGGUGGAGAUUGAUCAGAAGGUUUACUACAAGGCGAUCAGGGACAUCGAGGCUGGCGAGGAGCUGCUGCUGUGCAUGCAGGAGGAAGGCGUGGAGCAUCAGGCAAUGGCACCCAGCACCGAGCCCCUGUCCCAGGGUGGGAUUUCUGAUGACGAGCACCAGCUGCGCUGCGGCAACUGCAAGGAGCUGUGCCCGUCCGACACGAUCCUCAAGCAGCACCAGCAGUUCGGCUGCAUCCUGGGCUGCGGCGGCGGCGGCGGCAGCUCGGCGAGUGACAGCAGCGACGGCCUGGCCUCCGCCGGCCUCGCGGGCGGAACGCCGCCCGCGUCCGCGUACCCCGCGCUUCACGACGACUACCGCAUCGCCGCCGCUGCCGCCGCCGCGGCCGAACGCUCGGCUAAUGAGGGCCCCCUGCACGAGUGCAAGGAGUGCGAACGCAUCUACCCCAACGCGUACCUGCUGGAGCAGCACAUGCAGAUGCACACGGAGGAGCGGGAAUACAAGUGCGAUCAGUGCCCCAAGGCGUUCAACUGGAAGUCGAACCUCAUCAGGCACCAGAUGUCGCACGAUAUCAACAAGCGCUACGAAUGCGAAAACUGUGACAAGGUAGUGGUUUUCACGGACCCCAGCAACCUGCAGCGCCACAUCCGCUCGCAGCACGUGGGGGCGCGCGCGCACGCCUGCCCCGAGUGCGGCAAGACGUUCGCCACCUCGUCCGGCCUCAAGCAGCACAAGCACAUCCACAGCAGCGUCAAGCCCUUCACGUGCGAAGUUUGCCACAAGUCCUACACGCAGUUCUCGAACCUGUGCCGGCACAAGCGCAUGCACGCCGACUGCCGCACGCAGAUCAAGUGCAAGGACUGCGGGCAGCUCUUCAGCACCACCUCGUCGCUCAACAAGCACCGGCGCUUCUGCGAGGGGAAGAACCACUUCGCCAUGUCGGCCGCCGCCGCCGCGGCCGCCGCCGCCGCCAUCUUCCCGCAGGGUUCGUCGCUCGGCCCGUCCCUCGACAAGGCCGCGUCGGCCAUGCUCAGGAACCACGGCGUGUCGCCCUCCCUCAACAGCUACUUCGGGCCUAGCCGCCACCACCACCACCACCACCACUCGGGGCUGCCGGGCUUCCCGGGCGCCGGCGGCAUGCAGCCGAGCUUCUCGCUGGCGCAGAGCUUCGCCGGCCUCUUCCCGUCGCCCCUCUACGCCCGGCCGCCCAUGCUCCCGCCGACGGGCGCCAUGAUGCAGGCGCAGGCGGGCGGCGACGCGGCCAAGCUGGCGGCGCCCGUGGCACACGCCAUGCUCCACCCGGGCGCGGCCGCCUCGGCGGCGGGGCUGUCGAUGGCACCAUCGCACCACCACCACCGCGGCGGCGGCGUGUCGUCUGCUCUGCUCUCGGCCCCCGUACGCCCGCAGCACGCUCGCUCCGAGGAGCGCGGCGGCGGUGACGGCGGCGGCGUCGGCAGGACGGAGAGGUCCCCCGGCGAGAAGCUCAACGACAAAGGCAGCGAGGUGUCGGACGGCUCCGACCUGGAGGCCACCAGCACGCCCAUGGGCAGCGACGACCUGGACACGAGCACCGGCUCGGAGGCGGACAGCGACAGCGACAAGGAGAAGACCAAGAGGAAGAACCCCGUGAACGGUGCGCAGGGCCCCAAGCAGGGGGACUCGCACGGCCUCACCAACGGCGGCGGCGGCGGGGGCAGCGCCGGCAGCUCGGCGGCGGCCAGAAUGCCGCAGAACAAUCACCUGGCGUUCCUGCCGCCGCCGGCGGACGACAACAACGGGUCCGACUCGACCAACGACUCGAUCAAGGCGAUCGCUUCGAUAGCGGAGAAGUACUUCGGCCCCGGCUUCAUGGGCAUGCCGGAGAAGCAGCUCCGAGCCUUCCCCUACACGCCCAUGUUCUCGUUCCCCUUCGUGUCGCCGCUGCCGCACCCCGUGUUCCCCAUCGCCGAGCCCAAGGCGGCCGCCGCCGUCGCCCCCCCCGCCGCCCCUCCUCCGCCCGCCGCCGCCGCCGCUGCCGUCGUCGUCAAGACGGAGCCCAAGUCGCCGUCCCCCACCGAGAAGGCGCAUGGCAAGAGCGCGCCGCCGGAGGCCGACGCCGGCUCGCCCUUUGACCUGAGCGUGGCGGCCAAGCGCAAGGAAGAGGCCAGGCAGCCGCCUCCGCCGGCGUCGAAGUCGGCGCCGGCGCGGCCCCCCGCCGCGCACCAGCGGGACGAUCAGCCGCUCGAUCUCAGCACCGGCGGACGGACGAGGGGAGCGCAGGGGGGCUGCUGCCUCCCCCCGCACCCGAUGCUUCCGCACUCGGCGGCUGCUGCGGCCGCGGCCGUGGCCUCCUCGUCGUCUUCCUCCUCGUCGGAGGUGGCCAGGAAGAGCCUCAACCACAUGUUCGGAGGCGGCAAGCAAAAGCUGCCGAGCGACGCGCCCAAAGUCGGGCACGCGCCCGGUCACGUGCGCCACCAGCGGUCGCAGCACCAUCACCACCACCAGCAGCAGCACCAUCAUCAUCACCAGCAGCAGCAGCAGCACCAUCAUCACCAGCAGCAGCAGCAUCAUCACCAGCAGCAGCAGCAGCAACAACAGCAGCAUCAGCAGCAGCUACAACAGCAGCAUCAUCAGCAGCAGCAGCAGAUGCAUCAGCGUUCGUCAAUUCCCUUUGCUCAUCUCAACCCCUUCUUUCUUGACCCUAUAUACAGGUGCGGCCUACUGAGGGUGGAGAAGAGGAAAAUGGACGACCCGAUGUCCUCUCUGAAGGAGAAGUACAUGAGGCCAAUCCCGAGCCUGCUCUUCCACCCGCAGAUGGCGGCCAUGGAGAACAUGGCCGACAAACUGGAAGGCUACAGCGCCAUGAAGAUGGACGGUGGCAGUGGCCACAUGCAGCAGCAGCCGCCGCCGCCGCACGCGUUCGGAUUCCGCCAGCCGCCUCCCAGCCUGCCCGACAGCCUCCUGCGCAAGGGCAAGGAGCGCUACACCUGCAGAUACUGCGGAAAGAUAUUCCCAAGAUCUGCCAACUUGACGCGCCAUCUGAGAACCCACACGGGGGAGCAACCGUACAAGUGCAAAUACUGCGAGCGUUCGUUCAGCAUCUCGUCAAACCUGCAGCGCCACGUGCGCAACAUCCACAACAAGGAGAAGCCCUUCAAGUGCAACCUGUGCAACCGCUGCUUCGGGCAGCAGACCAACCUCGACCGCCACCUCAAGAAGCACCUCGCCGGAACGGCCGGCUCGUCUCCCAACUCGGAGCUGGAGAACAGCUCGCUGCUGGAGGACAAGGAAGAUUCGUACUUCACCGAGAUCCGCAACUUCAUCAGCAGCACGGAGGAGUCGAACGCUCUCCCUGGCACAGAGCCACCCAUCCUCGGCGUGGACGAGGAACCGGCAGCGGAGGCGAUCGCGGUGACUCCGGAGCGCAGGGACGACCCCGAGGAUGAGGACGACGUGGAGGAGGAGGAGGAAGAGGAGCUGGAGGAGGAAGAGGAGCUGCUGGAGGAGGAGCUGAUGCUGGAGGGCGAGGAGGAGAGCGCCGCCGAGCGCUCGCCGGAGGAGCACGUGACCCCGGCGGUCAACGCGGGGCGGCCCCCCGACGAAGAGGAGGAGGAGGAGGAGUUGGACGACGAUGUGGGAGGCGACCGCGCGGAGCGUCUCCCGUCGGAGUUCGGCACCGCAAGGUGCAGCCCGCUGGAGGAGGGAGGCCUGAGCCCGCUGGGGCCGUCGUCUCAGCUGUCCGCCCUGGAGCACAUGAGCCACUUCCCCGACAGCCUGGACCUGCGCAAGCCGCUCAAGGAGCACUUCGCCGAGCUGCCCUACGGCACGGCCACGGCCAGCCACGACGGGGUCAAGCCGCCCCUCUACCGCCAGUCCAAGUCGCAGGCCUACGCCAUGAUGCUCUCGCUGUCGGACCGAGACUCGCAAGGCUCCGGGAGCAUGUGGCACGGGGCGGCACGGGCCCCGGCAGAAACGAGCACCCUCCACCCAGUCAGUCGCCUUUAGGACCGGACAAGAGCGAAGUUUCCCCAAGCGAUAUCGUGAAGUAACAAACAAACGACAACGACACACGACACCCCCUUUGGGUGCGGGAAGAGAGAAAAAAAGAAAAACGAGAGCAAAAAAAAAUAUCCCUAAAAAAACUACUUUGUUUGUCGGACCAAAGCUUGAUUGUUUUUUUGUUUUUGGGAGAUAUUUUUUCGUCGUCGGGUAAUCGUCGAUUGUUUUUAGUUACUCACUCAAUCCACGCAAUGACUUUUAGUAGGACAAAAUAAUAGGAAUGAUUAUUAUCAUUAUGUAAAUGUCAUAAGUAAGGUUUUCUUAGUCGUGGGGAUCAAAGGUCAAAUGAAGACGUGUGUAAACCAUGGUUUUUAAAUUUGAGAAGUUGGUUUCACAGCAGGGGCAAAGCCAACGUGUCAGAAUUAUUAUACAUGCACACAGUAUAUAUAUAAAAUACAGUACUUGUAACUUAUUGGUUGACCAAGUCAAUGAUGUUAUGGAAUAUCAUUUUUUUUAUAUAUAUUAUUAGAUGUUGAUAUGCAGUAAAACUUUUAAAAGGCUACUGCGUGCCUAAAUUAAUCUUGUAUCUCCCCCUCUCUGCUUUAAAAGUAGAAACAAAAAUAAUGUUUGAUGGGUUUUACCCCGAUGCGUGUUAAAUGGAAAAGAUGUGGUUGGAAGUUAUAUCGUUUCGACGCUACCUAUCACCGACCUCUGCAUUUACGGAACCAAAAUAUGUGUUAGUUGCGGCAGAUGUGUCUCCAUUGUGUGGGACGAGAAGCCUCGCAGAGAAAAUUGUAGAGAUAGUGACAAAACGAGUUGCUCGUUAGAAAUGGUUACGUGCAGAGCCCCCCAGAUAGCGCUUCACGGCAUUCUGAUAAAGUCAAAAAGUUGGAUUCAGUGCAUCAGCUUCAAUGCAGAUUUCAGGUCUCAAACGAGAAUAUCACUUACGACUUAUGAAUCACGUCACUUUGUGAAGAUGUUCAAUUACAUUCGUUUCCGUUUGUGUUGACUUUGCUGGGUUAUUUUUUUUAAUUAGCGACGUAUGCGCUGGAUAGCAUGCUGCAUGCCAUGAGCCCACCCAUCAAGCCGAUUUCAAACCCUGAUGCGUGGCUGACGUCGAUCACCAAACUGAUCCGAGGCCUCCACAUUUCACCACACUGCAAUGACCCGCUGCCGUGAAGUUUGGUCGGACAACCCUCCCGCGACCGAUCAGUGUAGCGAGGUCCUUCAUUGACGGAGGGCUGUAAGUUACAUUGUAUUGUUGUUAAAGAAAAGCCCUUAAAAUACCAAUGACAAGGUCAAUUAUGGCGGCAUAUGAAGCCGCAUCCGUUGAUAAGGAUUUCACAUGACAAUCGCAUCCUUGUGCAACAAGAGAACAGCGUUUUAGCUUUUGACACCAGAGAAUUCAGACACCAUGGACACAGUUUGCAGAGAGUGACUUGCACUGCAGCGUCAAUCAAAAGUCAGAAUCUACAAGCAAAUGUGCUCACUCGAUUGAACAAAUAUUCCACCCCCUCCCCCCUAUGGCUACGAUACAUCAAACACACCAACACCUGGCGACUUGAAGGCACGUGCACUAACAAUUAAGUCGCCAGGCUCUAUCAAAGAAACAUCAACCGAUGUCACUUUCCAACAUUGCCGGCGUGGUCACUCAGCCACUGGGCCGUUUUCGUGGUUGACGUUCUUCUGCUUCCGUUUAAAUGAUAAGUAUCGUGGAUCGGUUACAUCGAACAGGUCGCAAUUACGUGAACGUCGAACUUUAACGCCGGCAUAUCACUGGCUGCACCUUUUCCCAACGAUUACUUCCUUUUGAAUUAUAACAGGGUCACGGUGAGAAUGGCAUUGCUGAUUGAGAAUAUGCCUUUGUCAUGCAAUAAUUACCCUUUUAAGAAAGAAUAAACAACACUUCACGACGAUCACGAUUUAAUUACCGAUUACCGGUGCACUCAAUAUUUUUUCUUUCCCCACCCCCCAAAGUGCAACCGGACGGUAACUCGGUCACGUUGGUCACGUGGUUCUUCUUUUUUCCUUUGUGCGAAAUUUGAUAGGCGAAAGGAUCUAAUAUUAUUUGUGUUCAUUUGUCACGGACGCCGGCGAACAUUUUACGCUCGAGAUUUGGAAUUGGCUUCCGCGGUUAGCGCAGUGGAGCAGGUAUGGUGUAACUUUUUCGCUGUACAUAAUUCACCACCAGGCAACGUUUUUGUACACAUUCUUACAGCACGUUAUAAGAGGGGCCAAUUUUGCAGUACACAGUAGAAUUGUGUGGGGUUUUUUUUUAGUCUUGAUUUUUGUUUGUUUGUUUCUCGUGUGUUUAGAAGCGCAUGGGCCUGUAAAUAGCCGGUUUGAUAUCAUUUCCCCGUUUUUCCAGAGCAGUAUUUCCAUUCGUAUUUCUUCCACCUUAUUUUGUGUUUUUUUCUAGUGUUAAGUGGCACGACAAUAUUUAAAUAAAGGACCAAGACACGUGCUCCUCGCUAACACUCAUCCAUUAGGCAUUGACAGUUUGCUCGCCAAGAUAAUAUUGCUUCCUGCUUUAUGACAAUCAGUUACUUGCAGUGUAGACGUUUCGUUUUUAAAAUGUAGUUAUUUAUUUUUAAGUGCGCGAUUAAAAAAUAAAAUUGUAGCUAAAAAAAACGGGAGAACUUUUCUUUGAAAAUCGAACGUGUUAAUAGUAUUAGCAUGAAAACAAACCCCCAUAAUUAAUGUCGUGUGUAUCAAUUCAAUACAUUUCCGAACUCAUCCGAUAGACAAAAAAAAGAGACUUUGAAAAAAAGACGGAUUUUUGUCAAAUGGCAUUGGUGUUAUGGUGCCAAACGGAAUAUGUUCCUUGUAUGUGUUGUGCGUGAGCAUGUUUCCCUGGCUGUUUCUUCUGUGGCCCAGUAUUCCCUCCCCCAUCGCUACAAGUGACGUUUGUUUAAGGCAGAUGGAAGCGAUAAGAAAGCAACGACGAUUCAUCCCAUCCAUUGCCCAGUUUGGUUUUGCAAAUCAUUCUGGCAAAGCGUAAUUUUAAUACGUUUCUGCAAGCUUCUCAAUUUGCAAAGAAAAUUCCACGUGUAGCCCAAAACAUAGCAUACGCUAGGCUCAAGGUUCUAAAGUGUUCGACGUUGAUUACGAUACAUGGAAACGAAAUCCUUUAAAUAUUAGUCAGUGAUAUUAAUUACCAUAACGUACAUAUCAUUAUUGUUUAUUCUUGAGUAGAAGCUGAUCUUGUUUUUCUCCAAUAAUUGUUAUGUUCUUAAGCCGGUUUUCGCAAACAUCAAAUCACUCGUUAUUGUCACGUAUUUAUUGUCAUCGUUAUUAUUGUUACGAAUAAAUCCUUACGCUAGAACUCGUUUCACUUUAGAUAGUAUUGAGAAGUGUAUGCGGGGCCAAUUGCAUCCUUCGACCACUUAUUAAUGAUUAUUUUAUACUACUACUACUAUGAUUAUUCUUCUUCUUAUUCUCACAUUACGGUGUCCAAGUUAAUUCAAUGCACUGUAGCGAUAACAAAAAAAGGCGUCGUUUUAUUUUGUUCCAUCACAGAUUCAGAAAGAAAAAAAAACUCACCGAACUAUUUUGUACAUCAAACGGCACGCAUCAUUUACGAGCACUCCAAUGCGAUCGACUUCCAAGCCAGUUCAGGAGCUUUCGCGAGCUUCGGUGUGCGGCGCCGGGAACGCCGCCCUCCAUCAUCCGCCACGUGACGGAGAAACGAGCGGCUGCGAACUUCUUCCGAUAGCUUCCACGCAGGCUUGCGACGUUUCCAAAUUAAGAGCAUUUCUCGGCGUCGUUUAUAAGCCAUGGUUUCUUGAACAAUGCACAAGCACAUAUCGUGGGGUUACCUCAUCACACAGUCCCAUUGGUCCGCAAUGGACCGUGGACGAAAACGGCGUCGAUAGUGAACAACGGCUUACUGUUGGCAGAUUCAGCAUUACGUUGAUAGCGAGGUUUUUGACAUUUGCAGAGCGCAAGGCAUAUGAUUAAACAAGUCGAGGAGGGGGAGAAGGAUGUGACGUGUUUAAAUGACAAAUGCACUUAGCAACACAGCAGCACCCCCUGUAUACAGAGUACAAGCGCACUUUAAGAUGCUUCAAAGCAAUUAAUGCAGAAAGGCAUUAGUGACGGAGGAGAUGCAUGAGGAUCUUGGCGAAACACAUUGGCGGCAUGUCGACAAAAUGACCCACAUUCCUCAGCCACGUUUUUUCUUUACUUUACAAAAAGGAAAACGCAACACAUACCGGCAAAUUGCUUAAACGACAAGUUGAAAUUUGACGGUAAAUUAGGAUGAGAAUUCCAAAGGAUCAGGUUAACAGAUUGUGAGUGAAAUUAUGUUAAAAUAUAUAGUACCGUACCAAAACACCGUUUUUUAGGGCCCGCCUUUUUAUCUAUGGCUAAGAACACUGGGGUUGUGUAAGGCGGCUUAAUUUACACAACAUUCGCUUUGAUUCGGAAUCGUUCGUUAAAAAAAACGUCAAUUAACAGUGCAUGCAAAAUAUACUUGAUCUGCAAUGUAGUUGAUCUAUAAACAGAGAGUAGCGUGACAUCUUUUACGUAAGUAUACACACAGACUUUGUCGUUCAAACUUAGUUUUUGUUCCUGUUCGCACUUCAAAUCUUGCCUGGUGCUAGGUUUUAAUAAUGUGGUUGUUGAUUUUUUUUGUAUUUUCGAGCAUGGUUCAGUCAUGCCAUUGAGAAACAACCAACACAUUCGCAUAUUUCACGGAAAAAGUAUCAUCCUCACACAAUAAUACUGUGCUUAACAAAAUUCGCGGUGCAAGUGAAAUCGCGUUGUUCAAAGUCUUUCCGAGCUUGUGAGGAUGCAUCAACACUGCAUUCAUCUGUGGGAUUAUUACGUGCUGAAGGAGGAAGUGGGUGGGGGGGGGGGGAAUCCGAAAAGAAAAAAAACGAUGUAGCUAAAAUAAACAUAAGUUAAUAAUCAGUGUUUUUAUUGUAAAAAAAAAAACUAAAAACUUAAAAAAAAUAUUUCGCUUUCUUAAAAUGCACCACGUAACUUAAUUGCAGGAGAAUUCGGCAAGCCGGACGCAAUGUUGUGAGUGUAUGAUAGUGCUAUACAGAAACAAUGUUGUUGUAUAAGGUGGUUGGACCUCCUGUUCCAACAUGCAGUGGCAAGCUGGGUGAUAAAAGUCAACAGGUUUUGUUUCAUAUUAUUAUGCAUCGAUAUGCGUGUAGAUAUUUCUAUUUUAUUCUAAAUGUUAUUUUGGGGGGGGGGAGGGCGGGGGGAGGUGGCGGGAGCGAUGGGGAAGAAAAAAAAGCAGUUUUUUUUUACUGCCAAAAUGUCAUUUGAUGAUCAAACACAACCGUUCCACGGCGAUCUUAUCGCGGGCUCUGGGUGACCUGACGCACUAUCCUGGCUUCUUGUGCGACCUUGUUGACGAACGAGGGCGAUGACGUGUGGUGCGUGUGGUGCAUUGUCGAGUAAGGCAAGUGGAAUACAUUUCAAAACGUAAUUACAGAGUAACGUGUGCUGAUCAUGUUAAUCUUAAUAAACGUGUGUGUACCCAGAGUUAGCUCUUUGCGAUACCAGGAAAAAAAAAAGAUUUAUACUUUGCAGUUGGUAUGCAAUACUGUAUAAUAAUGAUGAUGAUGAUAAUAAGAGAAAUAAAACAAAAAAAAUUG